GAGAUUGGCCGAGGGCGAACCAGAGCGAAGACAAAGGGAAGCGAAGGAGACCGCGACCCGGGCAGUCUCUGCGGGCCGGGACGCGACAUCAUGGCGGAGCGGAGGAUCGGCGUGGCGAUGGACUUCUCGGCGAGCAGCAAGAAGGCGCUAAGGUGGGCGGCCGACAAUCUGCUCCGCAAGGGCGACACCCUCGUGCUGCUCCACAUCCGGCACCACGGCCGCGACGAGGCCAUGAACGUCCCCUGGUCCCGCACCGGAUCGCCGCUGAUCCCGCUGGAGGAGCUCAUGGAGCCGGCGGUGAGGCAGCGCUACGACGUGCCGGAGGACCCCGAGGCGUUCGACAUGCUCAACGCCGUGGCCCGGCAGAAGGAGCUGUGCGUGGUGGUGAAGAUGUAUUGGGGCGACCCGAGGGAGAAGGUGUGCGACGCGGUUGGUGAGCUCCAUCUCGAGUCGCUCGUCAUGGGCAGCCGUGGCCUCGGCCAGAUCCAAAGGAUUCUGCUGGGAAGUGUGACGAACUAUGUGCUGUCGAAUGCAUCAUGCCCUGUGACGGUCGUAAAGUCAAAGUAGUAGCUGGUCUUCCAGCAAUUCGAAUCUGCAACUUGGGCAACAACAUCUGCUUCUUCGUUCAAUUGUUGUCAGUCGAAAU